AGUCGAAAGGCCUUUAAUUUUUUUUAUAAAGUCUAGAAAAGUCUUCAAAGGAAAACAAUGUCAGAACAAUAUCUUCAGGUCUCAGAAAGUGAAGGUUACGAGCCAGUAGAAAUCCCAAGCGAAGAUGACGGAACCCUUUUGCUGUCAACAUUAUCGGCACAAUUUCCAGGAGCAUGUGGUUUGAAGUACAGGAAUCCACAGUCUGGUAAUUUCAGAGGCGUCAGGCUUAAUGAAGGUCUAUUGUAUCCUCCGGAAGGAUCAUGGGGAGAUGUUGUUUACGUGGUGGUAUUCCCUAAAAUACCCAGCGCCCCACCGGAACAAGAGGAUAAUCAGAUUCACUACAUACCUAGUAUUUGUGAUAACAAGAGAAAAGGAGAUGAUAUAGAGAGUCCGGGCUCAAAAACUCGACGUAUGGACCAGAAGAGAUGUGUAGAUCUUAUUGUGUUGGGAUUACCUUGGAAGAGUACAGAAGAGGACAUGCGCACAUAUUUUUCCCAGUUUGGAGAGCUAUUAUUAGUUCAGGUGAAAAGAGAUGGCAAAACUGGACAGUCUAAGGGGUUUGGUUUUGUGAGGUUUGCUGACUUAGAAGCACAAGCCAAGUGUCUGUCACAGCGACACAUGAUUGAUGGAAGAUGGUGUGAAGUGAAUAUCCCUGCUUCAAAUGAACAGAGUGGACCACCAAUGAACAGAAAGGUAUUUAUAGCACGUUGUUCUGAAGACAUUACCACUGAUGAUCUUCACAAAUACUUCAGUAAAUUUGGUGAAGUGUCUGAUGUGUUUAUACCUAAACCAUUUCGAGCCUUUGCUUUCGUAACAUUUAUGGAUCCAGAAGUAGCACAGAGUCUUUGUGGAGAAGAUCACAUUAUCAAAGGAACAAGCGUUCAUGUCAGCAGUGCCACACCCAAAUCACUUGGGAAGUACGAUGACCAGCGUCAAGGUGGUCGUGAUAGAGAUGGAAGGAGGGAACGGGAUAGGGGUGAUUAUGAUCGACUUAAACGGAGGGGGGACAAUACUCAGUCAAUCAGAAAUGAAACAGCCAUGGAUCAAAAUAUGGGUAUGAAUUUCCUAAACACUGCCAUGUUAGCAGCAGCACAAGCUGUGCUGACUGGACAGGGUGGUUGGCCGGGAAUGGGGACAAACCAACAGCCAGCAGGUAGUCAGGACCAAGCUAUGACCCAGAGUUACCGUGGCUCUAGUCGCCCUGAUAGUGGGGGACAGAGCUACAGUGGGUGGGCUUAUGAUUCUCAACCCAGUAGUCAAGGAGGUGGGUACAGUGGUUGGGGUGGAAGGGGAGGGGCAAGUGGGUGGAGCUAAGCUGUAAAUAAAAUGUGAACUGAAAAGAAAAGUCAUUUAAGAAGAAUUUAUAGACAUGCAAAUUUUAAAAUAAGGGGUAAAUCAUUGAAAUAUAAGUUGGGAAGGAAAAUUUAACCAAAGUUAACAUAUAUUUAGAUUUUAAAAAAAUUCUCCUGUGAGAAAUUUAGAAAAGAAUUGUGAGAAGUAGUGAACAGUGUUAGUGAGCAAAGUGUGAAUUGUUGUGGACUGAUCAAGAACAUAAAAUGAAGAUAGCUUGAAGAAAAGGAUGAGAACUUUUCAAUAAAAGGAGGAGAAAAAGUCAGAUUCAAGAGAGAUGCGAGAACUUUAUGUGAGCUGAUAUUAAGACAGUAAGAAAGUGGGUGCUAAAAGGAAACUUUUUUCAAGAUAAAUUGUUUGUUGAGAUUGUGUAAGUGUACAAAGUGUUUUAUUGUUGUCUUAUAAACAGAUCUGGUAGAGAG